AAGAGAAGCACGUGGGGCACGCUUGGAACACGGUGAUGACUCCGGAAGUGACGACUCAAAUCCUUUCCAGAUCGAGGCCGGCACGAUGGCGGCGGACACGCAGGGGCAGGUUUCAGACACACUGAAGAGAUUCGCUGUGAAAGUCACGUCAUCCAGCGUUAAAGAGCGCAAAGAAGUGCUUGAAGAACUGAAGGAAUGUGUCAAAGGAAAGGAUCUUCCCGAGCCGGUCAUUAAGGGACUGUGCAAGCUCUUCUAUCUGACUCUGCACAGAUACAGGGAUGCUGCGUCUCGGCGAGCUUUGCUCUCGGCCAUCGAGGUGCUCGUCCAAUCACAGCCUGAUGCCAUUGCGACAAACCUUCCCCCCGGUCUGCUGAGCUGUGGGGUGGUCAGCAGGGGUGUGAUGCCCGGGAAGAGCACGGCUUCAGGAGCCUGCUGCGCUCUGCCCUGGACCUGCUUGAUCGUUCGGAUCGUCUUCCCCUCCGCAGACAACAGAGAAGGGGCCAAAUGGAAGAAACUGGUUGAGGUUCAGAGUGUGCUGCUGGCGGAGGUUGUGGGCGGAGCCUCAGGGAACGCUCUCAAGUCAAUCAGCAAAUGCUUUAACAAGCUGUGGAAGGAGAACCCGGGUCUGGUGGAUCAGUACAUGAGCACUCUGCUGAGUUUGGAUCAGAGCUGUGUGUGUGUGCCGCUGCUGGGCUUGUGUGUGGACUUCUGCACAGCUCACAAAGACAUCGCCACCAUCAACAAACACAAGGCGUCUCUCUUGGACCUGUACGUGAAGACGGUCCUCAUGAGUAAGACCAGACCGCAUCAGCACAUCCUGGAGAAGAGCGGCUCGAUGCUUCGUCACAUGUCUCACGCAGAGUUUAAGGAGCAGCUGCUGCCCACGUUACAGAAAGCUCUGCUGCGCAGCCCGGAGAACUCCAUGCCGA